UGGCGUAACCAUGGCGACGGGGGCGGGACGCAGCGCCUGAGCGCUCCGGGCUCAGCUGGAUUGCGGCCAAACUGGCCGGCUAGCGUCAGCUCCCGAGGGUUCCCAGGUUGAACAUGGAGGAGCCACGGGAGACUUUCUCCACGAGUGAGGGCCACGGAGGUGAGAUCGUUGUGGAGACACACGUGGUGGAAUCCACGGAGUCUGCGUCCCACGUCCACCUGGCCUGCAGUCGGCAGCACUGUGCCUUCCCCUUAGAUGGAGAUGCCCUCUGCGUGUGGAGCACCCAGGACCCUUCCCACCAGCCGCUCAUCCUGAGAGGACACCAUCGUCCAGUCACCGCAGUGGCCUUUGGAAACGCACACCCGCUCCUGCUCUGUUCUGCGUCCCGGGAUCGCGUCAUGAUGUGGAACCUGGGCGAAUGCAGAGAGAAAAUGCUCGACGGGCAGCCUCCGCGAGGGACAGUCCUCCACACCCUUCUGGGAGAAGUGCUGUGUUUAAGGCUUAGUCCCGACGACCGUGUUGCCGCAGUGUGUGCUGGAGAGCGAAUCCUCAUGCUGGACACCGAGCUGAAGCAAGUGUGUGGCCUCUCUGGGUUCAGUGGCUUUGAAACCUCAGUUUGGCUGUGGGAUGGAUGCUCUCACCUGGGACCGGGUGCCAGCUGCCGGCAGCGGGAGGCACGGGUUCCCAGGCCUGGAGUCCUGCCUUUUCCACUUGCCCAAGGAGUACAGUUCUCGCAGAGCCGGCGUGCACUAGUCGAGCUGGGCCGUCACCGGGGCCCGGUGACUGCGGCCGAGUUUUGUCCCUGGCAGACGCAUGUCAUCAUCUCGGCGUCCGCGGACAGGAGCUUUAAGGUUUGGGACCGCCGAAAGGGAUCGCUCAUACACAGCUCAUCAGUGUUGACAGCCUCCUCUCUCCUGAGUCUCGUCCUGGACCCGGGCAGCCAGCAGCUGGUGGCCGGCAGUGCGGACGGCCAGCUUUGGGUAUUCAGUUUGGCUGAAGGUCACCAUUACCGCUGUGUGACUCGAGUUGACCUAAGGAAACAGAGGGACACUUUCUCCACCAGGAAGCUGAGCAGCUGCCCAGAAGACAGCCGGCUUCCUCCCACUAAGGAAGAGGUCGAAGAGACACUUCCUGUGCUGAGCCUGGCCCCCUGUGAGUGUGAACUGAACGCCAGCUGCUUGUGGAUCGGAAGCUCGGCCGGUUUAUUCAUAUUUAACUUGGCAAACUUUGAAUUGGAAGCUGUGUUACAUUUCAAGGAGUUCGGGAGCCUCAGCAUUCAAGUUGCCGGAUCGUGUGCGAUGAUGAGCAGACCCUGCGGUCGUAAGGCCUUCUGCCUGCUCUCGGCCUUGUUUGGGAAGAAGAUCGCCCUGCUGGAGGUGGACCUGGCCGCCCUGCUGAGGUCGCAGCCGCGCCCCGGCAUGGGGGCCCGUCUGUCUGUGCUGCCCAGCUCCGGUGUCUUACCGACCUCUCCCCUGUAUUUUGGACCCAUUGAAGAAACAAGUGCUAAGCUGGCUCCUCAGAAACGAUCUGCUGCUCGGGCCAUCGUAAAGGACCAGCCCCUGGUUUUCCACAGUAAAGUUGCGUCGUCUGGAUACACAGCCGCCCCGCGUGUGACUAUGUUUUCACCAAAGACCAAUGUCCAGAAUGAUGGUAAAAGACCUUCAAAAUGCAAGAACAGUUACCGAUGCAAGGAUUAUCCUUUGGAGAGUCCUCUGCCAAGCAAGCUCAGCAGGCAGCUCGCUGUGUCCCAUGACCAGGCCGCUGUGCACUGUGUCCAGUAUUCAGCAGGAGAUGGACAGCGGCUGGCCUGUGGCUUAGCCAACCACCUAUCCCUGGUUUUCAGUGCUGACCUCACCGGGACACCUGCCGUUUUUUCAGGUCACAGCGGGGCCGUGAGCACCGUGUGCUGGAGCCAUGACGGCAGGUGGCUGCUGUCUGCUUCCCAGGACGGGACACUGAGGGUGUGGUCGGCCCGCAGGCAGGAGCUGGCGCUGUGUCUGGGCAAAGACAUGUUUCCCAGGCCUGUACGAUCUGCGCAGUUUUACUACCUGGACGCGUUUAUUUUGUUGUCCUCGGGCCCCGAGUUCCAGCUGCUCAAGUGCCAUAUCAGCACUGGCAAAGACGACGUCAGAAGGUACAAGCAGAAGAGCAGGUGCACGCCUGUCCUCAAGCUCCCCACGACCGAGGCGGUGGAGGUGACCAGCUUAUCGGCAGUGAAUGAGUUCUAUUCCUACCUGGUGCUGGCCGCCGGCAGGAACAGGACCCUGGAAGUUUUCGACCUCAACGCGGGCCGCAGCGCCGCGCUGCUGGCGGGAGUUCAUUCUCGGCCCAUCCACCAGAUCUGCCAAAACAAAGGCUCGUCAUUUGCAACCCAGCACCCCCAGGCUUAUCAUCUCUUUGCAACCACUGCCACUGGCGAUGGGGUGAAACUGUGGGACAUGAGAACCCUGAGGUGUGAGCGCCGAUUUGAAGGCCAUCCGAACCGCUGCCAUCCGUGUGGAAUCGCCUGGAGUCCUUGUGGCCGAUACGUGGCCUGCGGUGCCGAGGACAGACACCAUUUCCGCAGCAGGCAGAACGUGGAGACAACGCAGAUGUUUACGGGUGUGUGAAAAGGUGAGGAAAACGCGGCGAGCACGUGUGAUGAAAUGCUCCUCCGACACGAUGACGAAGGGGACCUGCCGUUUGGGACGACUCGGGAGCGCCUUGACGCUGUGCUCAGCGGCACAGCCCGUCGGAGAAGGACGCACGCUGGGUGGCGCCACGCAUCCGAGGGUGCGCAGCGGUCAGCGCGCGGCGUGCAGACCGGGGCGGUGGGUGCGGUGCCGGGCACUGCACCUUUGCUAAGACGGCGAGCCUGUGUCGCCUGUCGUUACUGUGUUGAGAAGAGGACGGAUGGAAACCCCCCCGGGAAGACAGGGCUGUCCCAGCCCGAAUCUUCUGGCCACUGUCAGCGUCGCUAAGUGCGGAAGAGUUUAGACCUUCUGUGUGUCCCGAUGCUGUUUUCAGGUCCACACCUCCGCCUGCGCCCCGAGCCACCCUGUAGAAGGAAGUGGAGCCGCUGGAGGUAACUUCUGGCUUUUUCCAGCAAGUACACGGGUCACGGAAGAUGAGAGGCUUUGCAGGAAGUCAGGCAGGCGGGUCCUGAAGAUGGAACAUUCUUCGGGACCCUGGACUGGGUUCUUCAGCGCGUCUGUGGCAUGAAAAGAGAAUGUCGGUUUGAUCGUGGCCUUGACCAGUGGGGGAAAGAUCAGUGUUGCUGUGAGGAGCUGAACCUGGGCAGCCUGGUCGAAAACCAGGGGUCCAGCCACUAGACUAGCGAGAGGCUAGAAGCGGACGUGUCCUCAUCGUACCCGCUGAAAGCAAGGCUGUUUCAAGGAGGCACAGCCUGUGGAAACGGCUGUUAGAGUCACGGGGCGGCGUGUGGGAGAGCCCAGACAAGGCGUCGAAGUCGGGGGCAAAGACGUGCCUGCGGCCCUGAAAAGACGCCAGCACCACCACGGACGAAACACAGGAAGCAGCAGCAGCGACGCGGAAGAGGAGUGCGGGGGCGGCGUCCCCGAGAGGCGAGGACGGCUCUCCCGGUCUGUUUUCCUUUGGCCGGUGUCUUGUUUAAGUCUCCCCCGACCGGACACAGGACGCUCCCAUAUGCGUGGCAUCUUUUGGCAGAGAGGGGCCCCGGAGCAAAGCGUCCUUGUGCCUGGCUGCCCUCCCUCUCGGACCCCGGGAGUCUCACUGCGCCUGUGCGAUUGGGGCGCUCUCCUCGACCCCCGGGGGAUCGGACGGUCAUCGUGUCUUUCUGUCCGGCAGAGCUCAGCUCCCUGUUAGCGCUUUCCUUGGGGUGUCAGAGGGAAGCGAGGCCCCGUUUACUUGGCCUGACGAGUCCCAGCUGUUCUCAGCCCGGGGCCCCUCUGCCUCCUGCCUCACCCUGGGCGUCUGGCCCGGAUGGGUACACGGGGUCGGUGCCAUUCCAGCGGCCACGGUGCUCUGACGUGGUUUGCCGUGGUUGCUGUUGCCAGAGCUUGGUGGUUGAGGAGAGAAAGAGGGCUCGGGUCGAGUGACCUCACAUCUUCCCGCAGAGCCCGGGCCUCCGGCUGGAACGAGGCAAUGCGUCUGUCUCGGGGCGGUUUUACAUACGUCUCGGUAUCCAACCUUGAACAUUUUGGCCCUCUGAGAAAAGCUUAUUAUUAUUUUUUAACCAAAUUCAGUGAUCUGAAGGAAUGUGCCCAAUUUUGAGAAACGUCAUUUCUGGAAGUAUUUUAAAAAGCAGAGCAAGCGGCCGAAAUGCUACAGUGGCUCCCUGUGGACGCCGUCCCUGCUGUCUCAGCAAGUGGAGCAUUAGCUUGUGUUUGCAGCUCAUGCUGUCUUCGAUCCUGGGGGGGCUGCGGGUGGAGGGAGGACCAAGGCCGCGAGCUAGAACCUGCGCGAUGAGAGCAUGAACGAGGCUUCAGCCUCGCGGAUACGGUUCAGCGGAAUUACAAACAGCCCCAGCGAACUGGUGCUGUUUGUGGAACAUUUGUCUUCUUCAGCAGCACAUCCAGUCCUCACGCUCUCUGCGAAAAUACUUUUGAGCAGUAAAGCAUCUUUCCAGCAGCCGUGUGGUUUGUGCCACGUCCUCAUCUUUUGCCGGAAAAAAAUACCGCUUCCUUCCCCCCUUUCUCAGGACUUACUGGUUUAGCUUUGGAGCAACGUUUACUCUGUACAGGUUUUGUUUCAGGUUUCGUAUGCUUCUUAGUACAUUUUAGCUAAAACUACUGCUCUCUGAUGGGGAGAGGUUGCUUCGUGAUCAGUUAACUAUUCUUGGUUACAGCUCUGACUAAAACAUUUUGUUCUCUCCAUGGAUUGUGGUGAAAUUGAAUCACUUGCAGAAUUCUUUCUUACUUUCCCACCAAAUUGUGUAAAGCACAUUUUGUCCUUUUGCACUGAUCGCCGCCACCGCGCGCAAGUGCAGCUCGUGGCAAGUGUGCAUCUAAUAAAAAACUGCUGCUAUUUG